CGUGGGCGCAUGCGCUUUGCGUAGACCUGGGCGGGUCUGGGCUGCUCCAGUGUUUCGGGGGCCCAGGAGCCGUGGGAGGAGCCGGCGGCCUCACCGUGGUAACCGCAGCGCCGCCGCCGCCCAGCCUUGCAGGCCUCGGGACUGUCACCGCCUCGGCUGUGAGGGUACAUUGGCCGGGUCCCCGGAAGUAGCCUUCCCAGACUCUCAGACACCCCCAUCUUCCCCACGCCGCUACCGCCGCCGCCAUGCAAGGCGAGGACGCCAGAUACCUCAAAAGGAAAGUUAAAGGGGGAAAUAUUGAUGUCCAUCCAUCAGAAAAAGCUCUCAUCGUUCAGUAUGAAGUGGAAGCUACCAUUCUUGGAGAAAUGGGGGAUCCCAUGUUGGGGGAAAGAAAGGAAUGUCAAAAAAUCAUUCGUCUGAAGAGUCUCAAUGCUAACACAGAUAUCACCUCUCUGGCCCGAAAAGUAGUUGAAGAAUGUAAACUCAUUCAUCCCUCAAAGCUGAAUGAGGUAGAGCAGCUGCUGUACUAUCUACAGAACCGCCGUGAUUCAUUGUCAGGAAAAGAAAAAAAAGAAAAAUCAAGCAAGCCUAAAGAUCCACCUCCUUUUGAAGGGAUGGAGAUUGACGAAGUGGCCAACAUUAAUGACAUGGAUGAGUACAUUGAGCUGUUGUAUGAAGAUAUUCCAGACAAGGUUCGGGGUUCUGCCUUGAUCCUACAGCUGGCUCGAAAUCCUGAUAACUUGGAAGAACUACUAUUAAAUGAAACUGCCCUUGGUGCGCUAGCAAGAGUCCUGAGAGAAGACUGGAAACAAAGUGUUGAGUUAGCUACAAACAUCAUUUAUAUCUUCUUUUGUUUCUCUAGCUUUUCUCAUUUUCAUGGACUCAUCACACAUUAUAAAAUUGGAGCCCUGUGUAUGAAUAUCAUUGAUCAUGAGUUAAAAAGACAUGAGCUUUGGCAAGAAGAACUUUCUAAGAAGAAGAAAGCUGUUGACGAAGACCUUGAAAAUCAAACGUUGAGAAAGGAUUAUGAUAAAACCUUUAAAAAGUACCAGGGACUUGUGGUAAAACAAGAACAGCUAUUGAGAGUUGCUCUCUAUUUACUUUUGAAUCUUGCUGAGGACACACGUACAGAACUGAAGAUGAGGAACAAGAAUAUAGUCCACAUGUUGGUGAAGGCUCUUGAUCGGGACAAUUUUGAGCUGCUCAUUCUAGUUGUGUCAUUCUUAAAGAAACUCAGUAUUUUUAUGGAGAAUAAAAACGACAUGGUGGAGAUGGAUAUUGUUGAAAAACUAGUGAAAAUGAUACCCUGUGAGCAUGAAGAUCUCCUGAAUAUCACCCUCCGGCUUUUAUUAAACCUGUCGUUUGACACAGGCCUGAGGAACAAGAUGGUACAAGUCGGGCUUCUCCCAAAGCUCACCGCACUCCUAGGCAAUGAAAACUACAAACAAAUAGCAAUGUGUGUGCUUUACCAUAUAAGCAUGGAUGACCGCUUUAAAUCAAUGUUUGCAUAUACUGACUGCAUACCACAGUUAAUGAAGAUGCUCUUUGAAUGUUCAGAUGAACGGAUUGACUUGGAGCUGAUUUCUUUCUGCAUUAAUCUUGCUGCUAACAAGAGAAAUGUCCAGCUCAUCUGUGAAGGAAACGGGCUAAAGAUGCUCAUGAAAAGAGCGUUGAAGCUCAAGGACCCCCUGCUGAUGAAGAUGAUCAGAAAUGUCUCCCAGCACGAUGGACCCACCAAAAGUUUGUUCAUCGAUUAUGUUGGGGACCUUGCAGCCCAGAUUUCCAGUGAUGAAGAAGAGGAGUUUGUAAUUGAGUGUUUGGGAACUCUGGCAAAUCUGACCAUCCCAGACCUAGACUGGGAGCUGGUUCUAAAGGAGUACAAGCUAGUUCCAUUCCUCAAAGAUAAGCUGAAGCCAGGUGCUGCAGAGGAUGACCUUGUUUUGGAAGUGGUUAUAAUGAUCGGAACUGUGUCUAUGGACGACUCUUGUGCUGCACUGCUAGCAAAAUCUGGAAUAAUCCCAGCACUCAUUGAACUGCUGAAUGCUCAGCAAGAAGAUGAUGAAUUUGUGUGUCAAAUAAUUUAUGUCUUCUACCAGAUGGUUUUCCAUCAGGCCACAAGAGAUGUCAUAAUCAAGGAAACACAAGCUCCAGCAUAUCUCAUAGACCUGAUGCAUGAUAAGAAUAAUGAAAUCCGGAAAGUCUGUGAUAACACAUUAGAUAUUAUCGCAGAAUAUGAUGAAGAAUGGGCAAAGAAAAUUCAGAGUGAGAAGUUUCGCUGGCAUAACUCUCAGUGGUUGGAGAUGGUGGAGAGUCGUCAGAUGGAUGAGAGCGAACAGUACUUGUAUGGUGAUGAUCGAAUUGAGCCAUACAUCCAUGAAGGGGACAUUCUUGAAAGGCCUGACCUUUUCUACAACUCAGAUGGAUUGAUUGCUGCUGAAGGAGCCAUAAGCCCAGAUUUCUUCAAUGAUUUUCACCUCCAGAAUGGAGAUGUGGUUGGGCAGCACUCAUUCCCCGGCAGCGCUUUUCAUCCAAGGAUUUCAAAGUGCUUUACAAACAUGCACUAAUUAAGCCUCCCAAACAGCCUGAGCCUCGGAAUGGAUGGCUUUGGCCAACCUGUGGGAAUUCUUGGACGUCCUGCCACUGCAUAUGGAUUUCGCCCUGAUGAACCUUACUACUACAGCUUUGGGUCUCGAUAAAGUCACCCCUUUCCAUGUGUACACUCAGCUGAGGAGAAAUCUGUGUGGUGUUGGUUAACCUUGAAUCUUGACUUAAUAAUGCAUGUUUAUACUCCUGUGGGGCUCUGUUUCUUCUUUCUCCACGUUGUUAGCUACAGGUUAACUCUGACCCUAACUCCUUCCCUUAAAUACAGUUGAUGCUCCAGGGUUCACUCAUCCAAACACAUCUUGAGGAGAAUAAUAUUUCCCAUGAGACUGUUGCGAAACUACUAGCCCAGAAAAGCAGAUACUACAUUAUGUACAUUAAGUGACUAAUUUCUAUUAAAAAGUGGCAUUCAUGCAAAGGAA